UCCCCGCCCAGCGAUGUAUUCAGCGCCCUCCGCCUGCACUUGCCUGUGUUUACACUUCCUGCUGCUGUGCUUCCAGGUACAGGUGCUGGUGGCCGAGGAGAACGUGGACUUCCGCAUCCACGUGGAGAACCAGACGCGGGCUCGGGACGAUGUGAGCCGUAAGCAGCUGCGGCUGUACCAGCUCUACAGCCGGACCAGCGGGAAGCACAUCCAGGUCCUGGGCCGCAGGAUCAGUGCCCGUGGCGAGGAUGGGGACAAGUAUGCCCAGCUCCUAGUGGAGACAGACACCUUUGGCAGUCAGGUCCGGAUCAAGGGCAAGGAGACGGAAUUCUACCUGUGCAUGAACCGGAAAGGCAAGCUCGUGGGGAAGCCGGACGGCACCAGUAAGGAGUGUGUGUUCAUUGAGAAGGUCUUGGAGAACAACUACACAGCCCUGAUGUCAGCCAAGUACUCUGGCUGGUACGUGGGCUUCACCAAGAAGGGACGGCCGAGGAAGGGCCCCAAGACCCGGGAGAACCAGCAGGACGUGCACUUCAUGAAGCGCUACCCCAAGGGGCAGACGGAGCUGCAGAAACCCUUCAAGUACACCACGGUGACCAAGCGGUCCCGGCGGAUCCGGCCCACGCACCCCGGCUAGGCGGCCGCCCCGGCCCACACUCACACUCCCAGAGAAC